AUGGACAAGGAAGGAGAAUUUAAGGUGUUUCUGAAAGGUUGGGAACAUCCUGUGACACUUGAUGCUGAUGGUAACAGGACAGAUGUUUUGAAACCAGAGGAAGAAUGGACUGUUGCUGAAGAUGAAUUGGCUCUUGGAAAUUCUAAAGUAUUGAAUGCUCUGUUCAAUGGUGUAGACAAGAACAUGUUGAGAUUGAUCAAACAAUGUAUUGUGGCUAAGGAUGCUUGGGAGAUUCUCAAAACUGCACAUGAAGGGACUACCAAGGUAAAAAGUGCUAAAAUCCAACUUCUUACUACUAAAUUUGAGAAUCUGAAAAUGUUGGAAGAUGAAAGCAUUCAAGACUAUCACUUGAGUAUUCUAGAUAUUGCAAAUUCUUUUGAGUCUCUUGGAGAGAAAAUUUUUGAUGAAAAACUUGUUAGAAAAUUUCUCAGAUCUCUACCUAAGAGGUUUGAUAUGAAAGUUACAACUAUUGAGGAGACUCAAGAUAUAUCUAGUUUUAAGGUUGAUGAAUUAAUAGGGUCCUUGCAAAAUUUUGAAAUAAUUGUCAACAGUAAGACUGAUAAGAAGGGGAAGGGUAUUGCCUUUACAUCUAGUAUGUAUUCUGAUGAGACACAAGAAGAUGAUGAAGAUAUGUCAGAGUCACUAGCACUUCUUGGGAGACAGUUCAAGAAGAUUUUCAAACGGUUUGACAGAAGGUCCAGACCAAAUGGUCAGAACAUCAAACCCAACAUUGACAAUCAACCUAGUAAGGAGAAGAUGACAAGAUUUAAUGAAAUGAACUCUCAUUACAAAGGAGUUCAAUGUUAUGAAUGUGAAGGAUAUGGCCAUAUCAGAACAGAAUGUGCUACUUUUCUAAAGAAACAGAAGAAAAGUUUUGUUGUCUCAUUGUCAGAUGGAGAUGACUCUAAUGAGGAGGUGAAAGUUGAAUCUUCCAAUCAUGUCUCUGCCUUAACUGGUAGAGUUAUGUCAGACACUGAGUCUUCUGAAGAAGAGAUGAUUUCUGAUGAGCUCGAUAUAUCGUACUAUGACCUGACUGCUAAAAAUGCUGAAUUAACCCAAAGGGUUGAGGAACAGGUAAAAGAGAUUGCUCAACUGCAUGAUGAAAGGUUUGAUAAUCUAGCUCAUAUCUCAGAACUCAAUGAUGAGUUAUCAAAAUUGAACUCUCAACUUGAGCAUAUGAGGGAACAUGUUGGAAUGAUGACUGCAGAUUCAACAAGGAGCAAGCAAAUGUUUAAACAUUCGGAGGAACAUCAGACCAAGAAGAAAUCAAAUUCUUGGGUGUGUAAUCACUGUAAAGGGAAGGGUCAUAUCAAACCUUAUUGCUUUAAGCUGCAUGGUGAGUCAAAGCAAUUUCAGGAGAAAUCCUAUAAGAAAAGAUGGACCCUCAGAAAUAUCAAUACAAGAUUAAUUGCUCACACAUCUUUAAGAGCAUCAUCUAAAGAAGACUGGUACUUUGAUAGUGGUUGUUCAAGACAUAUGAUUGGGGUAGAUAAAUAUCUAGAAGAUGUGAAACCUAAUGCUACUAGCUAUGUUACUUUUGGUGAUGGAGCUAAAGGAAAAAUUGUAGGAAUUGGUAACCUGAUCAAACAUGGUUUGCUAAGACUUGAUGAUGUGUUGCUAGUUAAAGGAUUAACUGCAAAUUUAAUUAGCAUAAGUCACUUGUGUGACCUAGGACUGCAAGUAAACUUCACCAAGCCUGAAUGUCAGAUUUCAGAUGAGAAAGGGGAAGUACUAAUGAGAGGCUUAACAUCCAAGGACAAUUGCUAUCUAUGGAUUGGCAAGCAAACACAGAUGUCUCAUCCAAGGUUGGAACAUCAAGUAACCUCUAAAGUCCUUGAACUUCUACACAUGGAUUUAAUGGUACCUAUGCAAGUUGAGAGCAUUGGUGGAAAAAGAUCUGCGCACUCAACUGCAAAGAUAAAAGGACUUGGCAUUGUGAGAAUUAGGAGUGAUUAUGGAACUAAAUUUGAGAAUGCUAAAUUUGAUGAGUAUUGCUUAGGUGAGGGAAUCAAACAUGAAUUCUCAUCUCCUAUAACACCUCAACAAAAUGGUGUUGUGGAAAGAAAGAACAGAACUCUCCAAGAAUAUGCCAGAGUCAUGCUUCAUACAAAACACUUUCCUUAUCGCUUUUGGGCUGAAGUCAUGAACACAUCAUGUCAUAUUCACAACAGGGUUACCCUAAGAACUGGAACCACAAUAACUCUCUAA